CAGUGAAAUUAGCGCGCAAGCCAGUUUAGGUGGUUAGAUACUAUGACAUCAAGUUUUUACAUCGGUUUACAGUAGAAGUUUUACAAGCUAGAGUUAAUCCUUCCCAAAUCCUAAAAGCACUCAUACAAGCGCCUAGGAUUAUUCUCGCUUCCAAAACUCAAUAUGGUUCAAGUUUUGAAGAAUACAUAUGCCAGUUCAGCUGGGUUUAAAGUGCUGACGCUUGAGCACAAGUCAACCUGCCAUCGACAGUUCGAAGUUGACGUGGAAAGAUGUUGUGAAGUUGUUAUUUCGUCCUGAUAAGGUCUCAUGGCAUGCACAUCCUUCAUUUAACAUACAAGAAAACAUCCACGAUGCUACUAUCCCUACAUGCUUUUUUCCAGAAAACUAUUUAACUGUAUAUACACUACUCUAGUCUCGUGUUACCAUAAAUUACACGUGACUUCAUUGCCAAUAAAACCGUCCGGCAAAUGACGAAUACGUUUGGUGGUCAUUCAUUUGUUUUUAAUACAUAUUGUCAAUACAAAACUGAUCAACCACUAGGAAGGAUUUGGGUAUGGAAAUUCAAACUGCCUAUAUUGAUGGAUUAUCUCAAAUACUUGAGUUUUAUAUUAAGUAUCGAGGUCCAGUGUGAAAUUAUCAGGAGUAGGUUGUUUAGCGCGAUCUAUGUCUCCAGGCAGUUCAGAAGUUUCGAUAACCUCUUAUCCUUAAAUACAACAGAACUUCGCUAGUAUUCUCAGUAUUUAACCAUCUGAAUAUCUUAUAAAUGUUUACUAGUAAAUCUAAUGUUUUUUUUUGUAUCUAGUAAAGGGUCUUAUGUUGUGCUCUUUUCUUAUACUUGGUUCUUUUAUCAUCUAAGUUAACUGUCAUUAAUAAUUCUGUUCACAUUUCCAUAAGCCUUUCUCAUGACAUCCAAAUUUUUAGUCAGGAACCGGGUUUUACACGACAUGGUUCGUCUCCUGGAAAAUAUUAUCUUUAUCACAGAACAUGAAGGUGUAACAAAAAGUCUUGUCACUUUUGUUGAACAGUUUAAAAAUUCCAGUAUUAUCAUACAGCUGGAUCCUGUUAAACUCAUGGAGGAACAGUUUAUUGCAGGAUUUUGUCGACGAGGAGCUGUUACAGUUCUGCCUAUAAAACCAUUGUCGGAGUUUGGUCUUUCUAUUCAAAAGUCUAUUUUAACCCUGGACAUGUCUCCAGUUGUGUACUCUGGUUUUGGAUUAUCCGCUAAAAAAGUUAAACAAGAAAAGAAGAAAGUUUUCUAUCGAUUUCAAGUCGAUUUAAAAAGUCCACAGUUUCAGCGAAAUGGACCAGUACAUACACGUCUUCGAUCAUUUUUCAAGGCUCUCACUAACCCCUUAGAAUUGGGCACUCGUAUCCCUCGAUGCCUUGGAAAUCUUGGUCCUUUCUUUGUUGAUUGGUUACCAGAUUCCUCAGUCACACAGAUAAAUGAAUUCCCUAAAAGUGAAUCCAUUGCUUCAUAUUUAAACGACAAAGAACAUCUCGUGAUCCGACCACAAUGUGAGGUGUUUAACUACAUUGGAUCACCUAUACUAAUACCAGAACUAAUUUCAUGGAACAAACUUCCUCUAAAACAAGAAGAAAAUUCAUGCACAUGCACAGAAAUAGACAAAACGUCAGAUUUUUUAAAUAUUGUAAAUAUUCGCUUAGGAUUAACAGUUUUAUCUUAUUUAGCAGCUGGAAUUUCAUUUCCUAAUUCAGCUAUUUCAAAUCGUGUUCCAAGUGAUAAUCCAUGCUUAACAAAUGCAAGUCUGUCACCAAUUUAUGCACAAACUAUAGAUGAAAUUCUGUUACCUGUCUAUAAGCUGGAAAAACUGAACAUUAUAUGUCUAUCAGGUUUAUUUCCGGAUUGUUGUUACGAUGAACUGGAGGAUAAAAUAAAAUCAAUGUUAGCAGAAAGUCAACGCGGGAAUGAAUUAGUUUACAUGUGCAGAUGUCCACUAAAAGUUACCACCGAUUCAGUACAAUCGUUGAAACAGUCUGUUAAUCACUUAGGAACUCUAUUUUUAACUGGUAGAAAACCUGUUUCAAAUUCACAAGGACUACCACUUAUUAAAAUUCGAUUUUAACAUUUUAUUUUUCCAUUUGCAUGUACAUUUUUGCCGUUAUUGGUAAUAUACAUUCUUGAAUUAUA